AUGAGGAUUCCCAAGAUGCCAGAACCAGUGCUACAAGUGGCUAGCUUAGAUGACGAAGUGCUGCAGGAGGAAGUAAAGGAAAAAACGCUUAACGAUGGCACACAUUACAAAGCCGUGACAGAACGCCGACGCAGCAGUGUGUCUGGUCUUCAGUACACGCUUCGCAGAAUGUCCAAAACAUAUCAGCAGCCAACUCACCAUCCAAGGUCAUCAGAAGAUGAGAUAUUAGAUGAGAAUGUUACUGAAGAAGAAACAGAUGAUGGGACUGUGGUCAAAACUGUUAUUCAGCGAUACCAGAGGCCUGAUGGAUCAGUAUACACUACACACAAUAUUCACAGGACUUUCAGUUCGCCAGCCCCUGUAACGUUUGUCGGAACUGAAGAUGAUGAACUUGUGGACCAGUCUGUUGAUGAAAAAGAGACUGAAGAUGGCUACAUCAUCAAGACUGUCAUUGAAAGACGCAGACGUUCAGAUGGUGUGCAAUACACAGUAGAACGAACAGAAAAAACAUCCAAAUUUGGUCCACAAGUUCACAUAAAGUAUAGAGGUAAUGAAAGUCCACGGAAACCUGAGGAAUUUGUUCAGUUAGGAAGUCCAGAUGACAUGGUGGUAAGCUGUGAGGAGAAUGAAUAUGAGGAAGAGGACGGCACCAUUGUUAAGAGUGUAGUGGAGAUCAGAAGGCGUGUGGAUGGCACAGAGUACACCACAAAGACCGUGAUUCGGUCCACCCCAGUCCUGGUUCCUGAGCGAGAAACGAGCUAUGUUGUCAUUAAGCAUGAGGGAGGAAAUGACGAUGAGGAAGUUGGCUUCUUUCCUUCACUUGAUGAUGAAGUUGUUUACACUCGUAGGAAAGAGGAAAUUGGUGACGAUGGGGAGCCCAUCAGCGUUAUUAUUGAAACCCGGCAGAGUAAAACAUCGGGAGAGAAAUACAACAUAACAAAGAGGGUUCAUACUAAGGAUGUUGUUUUGACUGAGGAAGGAGAAAAAGAAAUUCCAAAAACAAUAAUGAAAUCCACAUUAGUUGCAAACAUUGCUCCCAGUAAAACAACCAAACGUGAAAACAAGAAACCUAGCACUACUGAGGAGCCAGAGGAUGAUCAGGAUGAUGUUCCUUAUGGUUCUGUUUCAGCAUUAAAGAAUAGAUUUGUUCCAACUUCCAGUAAAAAGACAGAGUCAGCAGACAAACCAAGCAAGCCUGACCGUUUAAACACCUUGAAUAAAAAGAAAUUCUUUGAAGAUGCAGCUAAGACUGCAGGUGGAAGUUCACCAAUUCCCAAGUCAACUCCUAGAAAAUUGGAACCCAAAGACCGACCACGUGAACCUGACAAAGAUGCAGCAAAGAGAGAUUUACUGCCUGCAUUUUCAGAUGAUAAGGCAUCAAUUGAAGUAAAACUCCGCAUCGAGAAAGAUCAGGCGACUGUUGAAGAUGUGGAGACGCAUAAAUUAACGUACCAAACCAAGAAAGACCUACAGGAAAAACCGGACAUCUCUGUUGAAACUAAGGAUGUGGACAUUAAAGAUCUAGAUACAGAAAUAGCAAAGCUUGAAGAAGAGGAAAAGUGGCGCUACAAACAAGAUCAACUUGAGCCUGAAGAUAUAGAAGAGCCAGAGGAGGAAAUGUCUCCUGAUGAAGUAGAGCCAGAUGAAGAGGUAUAUUCACCAUCAGAAGAGGAGCCUGCAGAGCCACUGCAGAAGCCUGCACCAUCAAAGAAAUCUCCCACAGCCUCGAGAAAAACAAUAGAGAAACCCAGAAAGAUAGAAGAACCAAGAAAAAAGCGUGAGACGAGUCCUAGGAAGAAGCCCGAGGCUGAUGAACCAUCACGUAGAGUUCCUGCCACUUCCAGAAAAGUGCCUUCAAAGGAAGACUCGCCCACUAGGCGUGUCCCUGCCCCAAGGGAACCAAUUACACCCAAAGAAUCUACAAAACGUGUCCCAAAAUCCACUACUUCUCCACAGCGAGUUCCCAGCUCUCCUCAUCGUGGCCGCUCCCCCAACAGAUCAGGGGUGUCCACUCCUAGGGAUGUAACUCCAACUGGUCGCAAUUUCUGUAAAACACACAGGGAAGCAAAUGAAAAAGAACCUGUAAGCCCAACCAGAACGCAGAAAAAGCCACGAUCAACUGUUCCAACAGUCAAAAAGACUACUUCUCCUGAAGGAAAACCAAGAAUGAAUGGUGAUGUCAGACGUGUACCAACAGAGCCAAGGAUGAAUGGAGACAUUAACAAGAGGCCUGAAGACAGGACUCCAAGGACCAGAAGGCCAAUUGAGAAAUCCAGUGAACCAGAAAAGUCAGGUGUACGGCCAACGAAGCUCUCGCAGACUCCUAAAAAAUCACCAACAGCAAGGUCACCUGACAAGCGGGAGCCAACCAAAUCAUUGCCCUCUAGGACUCCUGACAGGAAAAGUCCAACAAAAUCUUCUGAGAGGGCUCCCAAGGGUAGAUCUCCAGAUUCUGAACAAAGGGAGAAACCAAAGUCAACUCUGUCUGUUCCAGAGUCAAGAGACCCUGUGGUUACACUUCCUGAAACUCCAAUGAGAGAGGAUAUGAAAAGACUUCCUGUAGAUGACGAACUUGGUCCUGAAAUUGAAGAUGUGUCUUGUGAGCCAGACUUACCAUACCAUACCAUCCAUAGACCCUCAAUUGUCCGAGAACCAUCUGAGCAUCCUGCUAUUGAUUCUCAAGAAGAGGCAUCUGAUUCUGCCCCUGAAGAACAACCUGAAUAUUAUGAAGAGCCAUCUGAUACAGAGCUCGAAGACAAAAAAACAGUGAAGAGCAGCAGGAAACCCCAGCAAGAACCUUCGCCUACAAGAGAAGAUGUCAGUAAGCCAAGGAAGACGAAGCCAUUGGAAAGUCGUCCAAGUGACAAGUCUCUUCCUCUUAAGGAUAGUGAGGUACCAAGGAAGAAACAGCCAGAGACAAGAAAACCAAGAGAUAGACCGUGGUUGAUAGAGAAACGAAGCUCGUUUGAAAAGAAGCCAAGUGAAACUAAGCCAUCCACUGUGAAGCCUGAUGAUGACAAGAAAGUUGAAAGAAGAAAACCAUUUGAGCAAAAACCGAGUGAAGAAAUUGUUAAAAAGCCAAAGGGAGGAAAGCCAUUGGAAAAACUUCCCGAUGAAGAAAUUUAUUCUUCAAGUGACAGUGAAGGGAAGGAAAAUGGUAUUACUGAAGAAAUAACGAAGGAGGUAAUAUUGCCGACCCAAGAAGCUCCUGAAGAUGAUAAACAGCCACCAAGGAAGACAGAAGAAAUAUUUAAGAAGCGAACUGAUUUUGAAAAGCCUGUUAUUUCUCAGAUAAUUACAGAGAAGAAUGAGAAAAAUAUUACCACAUCGGAUGUUGCAGCUAGAAGGUCUGUCUUUAAUGUCAAAAUUUCUCAACCUGACGCCAAAAAAGACAUUAAACCAACACGAAAACCUUCGUAUGAAAUCAAAGAAUCCGUAUUCUCUAAGAGGUCUUUGUUUGAACAGCCAAAACAAGAACACAUUCCAUCACCCAUAAGGAAGCCUUUACUUAAAUCCUCAGUCAAGAAAGAUGAUAAACCUAAGCAACCAGAGGAACGAAAGCCUGCCAAGGAACCAGUUAUAGUGCCCAAAUAUUUCCACCCGCUAGGUGAGAGUGAUGGGGAUGAACCUGUGGAAAAAGCUAUCCCAGAACCAGUAGAAGAAGAAGUCAGGAUGACAUCCAGUAAGCUUGUGAUGAAUGCCAUGGCAACAACCAGCCAGACUAACACAACUGAGGUACGUAGGGAAUCAACGAAACAAGAGCCACUAAAGAAAGAGAGAUCUCCUUCGCCCUACUCAAAGGAGCGUUCAUCACUGCCUCACAGCAAAGAAGGAACCCCCGUACCACGUAGCAAGGAAUCAUCUCCUGCACCAUUUGCCAAGGAGGGAUCCCCUACUAGGUUCAUCACAGGGAAGCCAAUAGACAGUGGGAUAAAUACAAACAAAAUUCGACGCAUUGAGCGCACUGGCAGCAACAAAAAAUUGCUAGAAGAUUUGGAAGUCUCAAGAGACAGCCUUCCUCAAUACCUCUCUUCCAUUGAGACUAUUUUUGAUGUCACAAUUCUCGAAAAUAUGUUAGAGAAAGCAGAGACAUAUGAAGAGCGACGUAUUAUUCGAGGGCAGUUGAGGAUUGCCAAACGACCAGGAAGCCGCACUACCACACCAUCAAACACCGUUCCAUCCAAGAAGUUCACUCCCGUCUCAUCUCAGCCAAGACGUCCUGAUGAUCAAAGGGCGACCAAACCUGAAGAUUCAGAGGAACCAAAUCUCUGUGACACAACACGGAAACCUCUCUCAAAAUUGGAAGAGCCUGACACCUUGCCAGUCUCUCAGCAACCAGAGGAGGACCAGCCAGCCUACACUACGUCUCCUGCCACGUCUCCCUCCAGCAUCCGUCGUCCUCGAAAAACCUCUAGAGAUUCCUUUGAGCCUGCAGAGGAACCAACACUAGAGCCUGCAGAAGCAGAAGAGCCUAGAUCACCCAGGAAAUAUAUUGAAGAUGAACCAGAGAAAUAUGAACCUGAUGAACCCAAAAAGCCAGAGAGACAAAUCAAACCUGAUGAGCCCAGGAGAUUUGGCCGAAAUAUUCAGCCUGAGGAACCCAGAAGGUUUGGUCAAAAUGUUCAGCCUGAGGAACCUAGGAAGUUUGGUCGAAGUGUUCAGCCUGAGGAACCCAGGAAGUUUGGCCGAAAUGCUCAGCCUGAGGAACCCAGGAGGUUUGGUCAAAGUGUUCAGCCUGAGGAACCCAGGAAGUUUGGCCGAAGUGUUCAGCCGGAGGAACCAAGGAAAGCUGAACCUUUACCUAAAGUUCCAGAGCCCAGCAAGCCUGGGAAGACACAGACUCAACCCACCAAAACUGCACCAUCUGACGAGCCAUAUUCAGAACCUCUUAGGUAUCAGAAGGGACAAAGCCGCACUCCAUCCAAACCCACUACAGAACAGUCAGAUGUGGACAAGAUUGUCAGCGCUUAUGGUGUUGGACCAACAGAUGAGAACGGCUUGCCACUCUUUGGUCUUAGAGCUCUGAAGAGACGCUCACCACCCACCACAUGUGUGAGCACUCCCAGGGAUGAGCAGACGGAGCCUACUAGCCAGGAGCCAAGACCUCAGGAGGAGCCACAACCGCACUCAGAACCAGAAGAAGAACCAAAAACAGAAGAAUAUGAGCCUAAGGACUCCUCUGGUAGACCUCUCUUUGGGCUUCGAGCUCUCAGAAAGCCACAACCUAUAACCUCCACAUCUACCACAGAGUCAGAGAGAACCACAACCGUUACUGAGAGACGAGAGACUGCUUCCUCAGUGAUGGAGAGCAGUCGUCUGGUGUCUAGUGUUGUCUCUCAGCGUCCUACUCAUACAACUGAGGUGGACAGCACAGAGUCUCCCCGGGACUCUGCGAGUCCAGAACCUGAGGACCUGGAUAGUGAGAGCGAGGAUGAGACGGAGUCCAUUGAGCGCUACUCUGAUGAAGAGGAAACUUCUCCUGGUUUGGUUAGAAACCUAAGAGAUUCCUUAAGGAAGAAGGAUCCCAGAAAGGAGCCUCGAUCGACCAGGCCUGCACCACACAAAGAUACUCCUAGUGGCCAGUCACCAGACACACUGAGCCGAAGCCCUGAAGAUGAAGUUAUUACUAGAAGGUCACAGCCACUGAAAGAAAUACUUAAAUUACACGAAUCUAAAGCAGUGCAAGAACCAACAGUUGUGGAGGAGUCCCCACGCCUCAAGCCUAAGCAGAGGCUGCGGGAGAACUUCGAAACAACAUCUGAAAGACAAGAUAGUCACCCUCACAAGACCUGGGACCUGGAGACUGACCUCACCACCAGGUCAUUAGACAUGAAGAAUAUUAUUGCCCGUCAUGAGACCAUAACAACAGAGGAGACACCUAGGCCCAAAAAAAUAACAGGAAUCUUAAAGAAGACGUCAAGCUCAAAUAUUCUCAGCACUGAUACACGUUCCACUCUAACUUCCGAAAUAACCCAAGAUAACAAAACUAAAGAAAUGACAAUUAAAGACCAGCUUAAUUCUACUGACGACAUCCUAGACACACUUACUGAGGACCAGAUCACAAGACUCUCAGAGGAAUUCGACCUACGAGCCCAGGAUGAUGGUGUCAUCAAGACUGAGGAGUCAGUGGAAGAGUUGAGUGGUGGGUACAGGGUAACCUCCAGGACAGAGGCUGAGCAUCCUGAUGGCUCUAAAUUUGUUAGAAAAACGUCCUAUACUGAGAUCAAACUGCAGCAGCCGAGUAAAGAGGAUGGUACCCUUCCUGAUGACCUCAAGGAUAAUGCACGCCUUGACACUGACCAAAGACAAAGAACAGACUAUGACAAGACAGACACACAUACACGUAUUUCACAAGUAAGAGCUAAAAGCUGGAAAGAAAGCACGGUUAGUCAAACAUCUGUGUCAAACUUGAAGAUUGGCCAGUUAACAAAAAUAUCUCCGUCAAAGAAAAGUGAACCCCGAAGGCCAGGUGAAGAACCUGAAACAAGAAGACCAACUAGGCCAGGUGAAGAACCAGAAACAAGGAGACCAACUAGGCCAGGUGAAGAACCAGAAACAAGGAGACCAACUAGGCCAGGUGAAGAACCAGACGAUACGAAGAGGAGACCAGGCAGGCCAGGUGAUGAACCUGAGAAUACGAAGAGGAGACCAGGUAGGCCAGGUGAUGAACCUAAGGAUACAAAGAGGAGACCAAGCAGGCCAGAUGAUGAACCAGAGGAUACAAAGAGGAGACCAGGUAGGCCAGGUGAUGAACCAGAUGAUAUAAAGAGGAGACCAGGCAGGCCAGGUGAUGAACCAGAGGAUACAAAGAGGAGACCAGGCAGGCCAGGUGAUGAACCUGAGGAUACGAAGAGGAGACCAGGCAGGCCAGGUGAUGAACCUGAGGAUACAAAGAGGAGACCAGGCAGGCCAGGUGAUGAACCAGAGGAUACAAAGAGGAGACCAGGUAGGCCAGGUGAUGAACCAGACGAUAUAAAGAGGAGACCAGGCAGGCCAGGUGAUGAACCAGAGGAUACAAAGAGGAGACCAGGCAGGCCAAGUGAUGAACCAGAGGAUACAAAGAGGAGACCAGGCAGGCCAGGUGAUGAACCUGAGGAUACGAAGAGGAGACCAGGCAGGCCAGGUGAUGAACCUGAGGAUACAAAGAGGAGACCAGGCAGGCCAGGUGAUGAACCAGAGGAUACAAAGAGGAGACCAGGUAGGCCAGGUGAUGAACCAGACGAUAUAAAGAGGAGACCAGGCAGGCCAGGUGAUGAACCAGAGGAUACAAAGAGGAGACCAGGCAGGCCAGGUGAUGAACCAGAGGAUACAAAGAGGAGACCAGGCAGGCCAGGUGAUGAACCUGAGGAUACGAAGAGGAGACCAGGCAGGCCAGGUGAUGAACCUGAGGAUACAAAGAGAAGACCAGGCAGGCCAGGUGAUGAACCUGAGCCCACUAAGAGGAGACCAGGCAGGUUAGGUGAGGAACCAGAAGAUACAAAGAGGAGACCAGGCAGGCCAGGUGAAGAACCUGAGCCCACUAAGAGGAGACCAGGCAGGCCAGGUGAUGAACCAGACGAUACAAGGAGGAGACCAGGCAGGCCAGGUGAUGAACCAGAGGAUACAAAGAGGAGACCAAGUAGGCCAGGUGAUGAACCAGAGGAUACAAAGAGGAGACCAGGCAGGCCAGGUGAUGAAAUAGAGGAUACAAAGAGGAGACCAAGCAGGCCAGGUGAUGAACCAGAGGAUACAAAGAGGAGACCAGGCAGGCCAGGUGAUGAACCAGAGGAUACAAAGAGGAGACCAAGCAGGCCAGGUGAUGAAUCAGAGGAUACAAAGAGGAGACCAGGCAGGCCAGGUGAUGAACCAGAGGAUACAAAGAGGAGACCAGGCAGGCCAGGUGAUGAACCAGAGGAUACAAAGAGGAGACCAGGCAGGCCAGGUGAUGAAAUAGAGGAUACAAAGAGGAGGCCAAGCAGGCCAGGUGAUGAACCAGAGGAUACAAAGAGGAGACCAGGUCGGCCAGGUGAUGAACCAGAGGAUCCAAAGAGGAGACCAGGCAGGCCAGGUGAAGAACCUGAGCCCACUAAGAGGAGACCAGGCAGGUUAGGUGAGGAACCAGAAGAUACAAAGAGGAGACCAGGCAGGCCAGGUGAAGAACCUGAGCCCACUAAGAGGAGACCAGGCAGGCCAGAUGAUGAACCAGAAGAUACAAAGAGGAGACCAAGCAGGCUAGGUGAUGAACCAGACGAUACAAAGAGGAGACCAAGCAGGCCAGGUGAUGAACCAGACGAUACAAAGAGGAGACCAGGUCGGCCAGGUGAUGAACCAGAGGAACCAAAGAGGAGACCAGGCAGGCCAGGUGAAGAACCUGAGCCCACUAAGAGGAGAUCAGGCAUGCUAGGUGAUGAACCAGAAGAUACAAAGAGUAGACCAGGCAGGCCAGGUGAUGAACCAGACGAUACAAGGAGGAGACCAGGCAGGCCAGGUGAUGAACCAGACGAUACAAGGAGGAGAGCAGGCAGGCCAGGUGAUGAACCAGAGGAUACAAAGAGGAGACCAGGCAGGCCAGAUGAUGAACCAGAGGAUACAAAGAGGAGACCAGGCAGGCUAGGUGACGAACCAGAGGAUACAAAGAAGAGACCAGGCAGGCCAGGUGAUGAACCAGAGGAUACAAAGAGGAGACCAGGCAGGCCAGGUGAUGAACCAGAGGAUACAAAGAGGAGACCAGGCAGGCCAGGUGAUGAACCAGAGGAUACAAAGAGGAGACCAGGCAGGCUAGGUGAUGAACCAGAAGAUACAAAGAGGAGACCAAGCAGGCCAGGUGAUGAACCAGACGAUACAAAGAGGAGACCGGGCAGGCCAGGUGAUGAACCAGAGGAUACAAAGAGGAGACCAGGCAGGCCAGGUGAUGAACCAGAGGAUACAAAGAGGAGACCAGGCAGGCCAAGUGAUGAACCAGAGGUUACAAAGAGGAGACCAGGCAGGCCAGGUGAUGAACCAGAGGAUACAAAGAGGAGACCAGGCAGGCCAGGUGAUGAACCAGAGGAUACAAAGAGGAGACCAGGCAGGCUAGGUGAUGAACCAGAAGAUACAAAGAGUAAACCAGGCAGGCCAGAUGAUGAACAAGACGAUACAAGGAGGAGACCAGGCAGGCCAGGUGAUGAACCGGGGGAUACAAAGAGGAGACCAGGCAGGCCAGGUGAAGAACCUGAACUCACUAAAAGGAGACCAGGCAGGCCAGGUGAUGAACCAGAAGAUACAAAGAGGAGACCAGGCAGGCCAAGUGAUGAACCAGACGUUAUAAGGAGGAGACCAGGCAGGCCAGGUGAUGAACCGGGGGAUACAAAGAGGAGACCAAGCAGGCCAGGUGAUGAACCAGAUGAUACAAAGAGGAGACCAGGCAGGCCAGGUGAUGAACCAGAGACCAUUAAGAGGAGACCAGGUGAUGAACCAGAGGAAAUAAAGAGGAGACCAGGUAGGCCAGGUGAUGAGCCAGAAACUAUUAAGAGGAGACCAGGUGAUGAACCAGAAGAAAUAAAGAGGAGACCAGGCAGGCCAGGUGAUGAACCAGAAGAAAUAAAGAGGAGACCAGGCAAGCCAGGUGAUGAACCUGAGGAAAUAAAGAGGAGACCAGGCAGGCCAGGUGAUGAACCAGAAGAAAUAAAGAGGAGACCAGGCAGGCCAGGUGAUGAACCUGAGGAAAUAAAGAGGAGACCAGGCAGGCCAGGUGAUGAACCGGAGGAAAUAAAGAGGAGACCAGGCAGGCCAGGUGAUGAACCAGAGGAAAUAAAGAGGAGACCAGGCAGGCCAGGUGAUGAACCUGAGGAAAUAAAGAGGAGACCAGGCAGGCCAGGUGAUGAACCAGAAGAAAUAAAGAGAUCAACCAGGCCAGGUGAUGAACCAGAGGAAAUAAAGAGGAGACCAGGCAGGCCAGGUGAUGAACCGAAGGAAAUAAAGAGGAGGCCAGGCAGGCCAGGUGAUGAACCAGAAGAAAUAAAGAGGAGGCCAGGCAGGCCAGGUGAUGAACCAGAAGAAAUAAAGAGGAGACCAGGCAGGCCAGGUGAUGAACCAGACGAAAUUAAGAGGAGGCCAGGCAGGCCAGGUGAUGAACCAGAAGAAAUAAAGAGGAGGCCAGGCAGGCCAGGUGAUGAACCAGAAGAAAUAAAGAGGAGACCAGGCAGGCCAGGUGAUGAACCAGAAGAAAUAAAGAGGAGGCCAGGCAGGCCAGGCGAUGAACCAGAAGAAAUAAAGAGGAGACCAGGCAGGCCAGGUGAUGAACCAGAAGAAAUAAAGAGGAGACCAGGCAGGCCAGGUGAUGAAUCAGAAGAAAUAAGGAGGAGACCAGGCAGGCCAGGUGAUGAACCAGAAGAAAUAAAGAGGAGGCCAGGCAGGCCAGGUGAUGAACCAGAAGAAAUAAAGAGGAGGCCAGGCAGGCCAGGUGAUGAACCAGAAGAAAUAAAGAGGAGACCAGGCAGGCCAGGUGAUGAACCAGAAGAAAUAAAGAGGAGGCCAGGCAGGCCAGGUGAUGAACCAGAAGAAAUAAAGAGGAGACCAGGCAAGCCAGGUGACGACAGCUUAGUUUCUAGUUCGAGUACUCCUGUCAGGAGAAGCAGCAAACCUGUCUACUCUAUGCCAGAGUAUCCUAGUAGAAGACCUGAAGAACUGGAGAAAACACCCAGUAAGAAAGUUAGUAAAGUGAACGAUAAGGAACCAGAGACUCUAAGAAGAAAACCCAGCAGACCCGAUGACAAAGAGUCUGGGAGAAUUGUCAAGAAAACAGACAAACCUGAGGGUAAAGAACGUGAGGGAGAGAGAAAGCCCAGCUGGGUUAAUGACUAUGGCAAGAAGACUGAGAAACGCAUCAGUACUUCAAGCAUAGAUCGAUGUGAUGCUGCUUUAAGGAGAAAGUCGCCAUUCUCCAGGAGGGGCCCCACGCCAGAACCGGAUGACGUUCAGCAUCGCAUACGUAAAACUUCGAAACCCAGAAAAUCUUCUGUGGACUCGGGUCAGCCUCGUCGAAGGACGUCCAGUGUGGACAUGGAGACCAGGACAUACAGCAUGCAGUCCCUGUCAGGCCUGUCUACUACGAGCUCUGUUCCCAGUUAUAUGAGGCCGAGGGGAGAAUCAUGCAGCUGUCGACGCCACACCCCUGAGAGAGACAUUCACGAAAUCGAAAACGCUCUUCUUAAUGCUUACCAGUACACCCGGUGCACCAAGAAGGUCACCAAACCUCCAGUGACCUACAAUUAUACGUACACCGUUACUCCGGAUCCUGCUGGCGGCGGCGGAGGAGGAUCGUAUUCUAUUUACUUUGGUCCCAGAGACAAACCUUCACCAACUGAACCUGGUCGAUCCCUCGUCCCUACUCCCUCAUCUCCCGCCAGGGACUCACCCAUCCAAGAUGCCCCUCACCCUCCCAUAGGUGAACCAACAGAUCGUCGACCAGGUGAACCAACAGAUCGUCGACCAGGUGAACCAGAUCGUCGACCAGGUGAACCAGAUCGUCGACCAGGUGAACCAGAUCGUCGACCAGGUGAACCAGCAGAUCGUCUACCAGGUGAACCAACAGAUCGUCGACCAGGUGAACCAACAGACCGUCGACCAGGUGAACCAGCAGAUCGUCGACCAGAUGAACCAACAGAUCGACGACCAGGUGAACCAGGAUAUCGUCGACCAGGUGAAUCAACAGAUCGUCGACCAGAUGAACCAGGAGAUCGUCGACCAGGUGAACCAACAGACCGUCGACCAGGUGAACCAACAGAUCGUCAACCAGGAGAUCGUCGACCAGGUGAACCAGCAGAUCGUCUACCAGGUGAACCAGCAGAUCGUCGACCAGGUGAACCAGCGGGUCGUCGACCAGGUGAACCAGCAGAUCGUCGACCAGGUGAACCAACAGAUCGUCGACCAGGUGAACCAGGAGAUCGUCGACCAGGUGAACCAACAGAUCGUCGACCAGGUGUACCAACAGAUCGUCGACCAGGUGACUGGAUUGUUUAUGCAGGUGAACCAGGAGAUCGUCGACCAGGUGAACCAGGAGAUCGUCGACCAGGUGAACCAGCAGAUCGUCUACCAGGUGAACCAGCAGAUCGUCGACCAGGUGAACCAGCGGGUCGUCGACCAGGUGAACCAGCAGAUCGUCGACCAGGUGAACCGACAGAUCGUAGACCAGGUGAACCAGGAGAUCGUCGACCAGGUGAACCAACAGAUCGUCGACCAGGUGUACCAACAGAUCGUCGACCAGGUGACUGGAUUGUUUAUGCAGGUGAACCAGGAGAUCGUCGACCAGGUGAACCAGGAGAUCGUCGACCAGGUGAACCAGGAGAUCGUCGGACAGGUGAACCAGGAGAUCGUCGGCCAGGUGAACCAGGAGAUCGUCUGCCAGGUGAACCAUCAGGUCGUCGGCCAGGUGACCCAGGAGAUCGUCGACCAGGUGAACCAACAGAUCGUCGACCAGGUGAACCAGGAGAUCGGCCAGGUGUACCAGAAGAUCGUUUGCCAAGUGAACCAACAGAUCGUCGACCGGGUGAACCAACAGAUCGUCGUCCAGGUGACUGGAUUGUUUAUGCAGGUGAACCAGGAGAUCGUCGACCAGGUAAACCAGGAGAUCGUCGACCAGGUGAACCAGGAGAUCGUCGGCCAAGUGAACCAACAGAUCGUCGACCAGGUGAUUGGAUUGUUUAUGCAGGUGAACCAACAUAUCGUCGACCAGGUGAACCAGGAGAUCGUCGGCCAGGUGAACCAGAUGAUCAUCGACCAGGUGAGCCAGGAGAUCGUCGGCCAGGUGAACCAACAGAUCGUCGACCAGGUGAUUGGAUUGUUUAUGCAGGCGAACCAGCAUAUCGUCGACCAGGUGAACCAGGAGAUCGUCGACCAGGUGAACCAACAGAUCGUCGACCAGGUGAUUGGAUUGUUUAUGCAGGCGAACCAACAUAUCGUCGACCAAGUGAACCUACAGAUCAUCGACCAGGUGAACCAGGAGAUCAUCGACCAGGUGAACCAGGAGAUCGUCGACCAGGUGAACCAGGAGAUCGUCGACCAGGUGAACCAGGAGAUCGUCGACCUGGUGAACCAGGAGAUCGUCGACCUGGUGAACCAGGAGAUCAUCGACCAGGUGAACCUACAGAUCAUCGACCAGGUGAACCAAGAGAUCGUCGACCAGGUGAACCAGGAGAUCGUCGACCAGGUGAACCAGAGAUCAUCGACCAGGUGAACCAGGAGAUCGUCCAGGUGAACCAGAAGAUCGUCGACCAGGUGAACCAGGAGAUCGUCGACCAGGUGAACCAGGAGAUCGUCGACCAAGUGAACCAACAGAUCGUCGACCAGGUGAACCAGCAGAUCGUCGACCAGGCGACUGGGUUGUAUACAGGGAUGAACCAAGAGGUACACCAUCGGGCCCCAUCACAGAGCUUGAAAUAUACGAUGUUGACACCCUCCGUGCACGCCAGGAUGGCUCCUUCGUUCAUAGGUCUUCCAGAGACACGCACGCAGACCAAACACACGUUUCCAGCCAACACUUUACCUCCUCACAGAGCACACAAAUGCAUGUAGACGACAGACGCAUGACCACCGAGCACAGCUAUCAGACUGUUGUCGGGGCUACUGACAGCCCGUACCACAAGCCUAUCACUAGUAUGGAGAAGGUCUCUCCACUUCAUCGUAUCUCCAGGCAGCAGCUGCAAGA